UUCUUCUCUUAAAAACCCUUUAUUAAUUGUAGCUUUCAUUAUAGGUCAAGGGUAAAGCUUAUCAAUCUCGUAUGGAAACUGUUUAAUUGGAUUAUAUUUCAGUUUGCUUUUUUUUUUAAUAAUAAUAUUUAGAUAUAUAAUAGAUAUAUACAUCCCGUCCUAUUGGGAGAGUAAAAAAAGAGGUGUGUAUAGAAAAGAAAGGAAAUUCGUUUUACAGUGUUUUGGGGCAGGUAUUGACCUUUGACUCAUUAGUAAAUAUCUGAUCGGUUCCCAGUGCAUUCUGAAAUCCCAAUGAGCAAACAAGCCCCAAAGGUUUCAAGCAGUCAUUCGGCAUCUCAUGAAAAGGGUGAAAAGUCGAGGCGGAAUCUAAACCAUAAUGUGAAUCAGACUCAGCAGCACCAAGUGGAAUUUAACCAAAUGCAGAUUAUUCCCGACACCCAUUUAGUAAAUCAAGGAAACGGAGUGAAAAACAGGGCAAAGAGUCCGACACCAAGUGAUCUCUACGCAGGAUCAAGCCCCGAUGCCACCACCGAGUUAACAACAUCAAAACUUCAAGACUACUCAAAAGAAUACCUUGUUUGGCGUGUGGUAAUUAUUGAACAUGAGCUGAAAAAACAAAAUGAAACCUGUUCUCAUUUGCAACAGAAGUGUCAUGCCCUUUCACCGCUCAGAAAAGAUUUUGAAGCUCAGCGAAAAGUAAUCGCAAACCAAGAAAAAAAAAUUGACCUUCUUCAGGCAGAAAAUGCUUUAUUAUUGGAAAAGAUCAGGUUGUUUGAAAAAAAAACUGAUGACCAAAAGCAUCAAGAGCGCAUGAAUCGUGUUAGAAAGGAUACUAAAGAGGAAUCGUUUCAUAGCACGGACCAUGCAGGUGUGGGCUUGGGAAGGCCGCAGACUACGCAGUCUGAUGAGACCGUUAUUAACACAAAAAUUGGACCGCUGAUCAUGCGUGACAGCUCUAGCAUAUCCUCGGGGGGCUUCACCGGAAAUUUAACGGCCUCACAGGAUUUUCUUCACACUCCUACCUCUCAGAAUCACAUACAGAAGCACAGCAGAGGCGCCCUAUCUAUAAGAGUGACUGAAUCCCAUUGUGUUGACGACACCGAAGAAGCCGAUCUCUAUGAAGUCCUACAAAUGGUCAAAAACGAGGCUGAGUUGAAGCAAAAGUAUCGCGAUUUAGAAAGCCGUGAGGAGAAUGAGCUCAAAGCUCGUUGUAGGGCCCUCAAGUUUAAGAGAUAACGCAAUAAUAAAAUCAUGAUGUCCUUGCUAAAUUAUUUUGAUCAUUAAAGUCAUAAAUAUAAUCUUUUUGCCUUUACGGUAGCUGCAUAACGAGACAAAUUUUCCUCCUCUGCACGCCGAAUCUACUUACAAACAUUUAGUUAUUAACCAUAAAACGUAUUGAUUUUGCUUAUUUGAGUGCUGGAAAAAAGAACCAACGGUGUGCAGGUACGCAAACCAAAAAUCCAGACUAUAUGCAAGCUUGUUGUCAUGUCUUUAAAAUGUUUAACAUGUACCCAACUUGAGCAACUUUUCUUCUUUUUUUUAAUCCUUAUUACGCUUAAACAACGGUAAUAUUAUUGAAAUUAGGAUCAGAAAAUAGUCUUUUCAGGCAAAUAAUAAAAAAGAGGACAACAGCAAGCAUUUUUAACUGAGAAAUAUAAAAUAUACUACAUCAAAGGGAUCUCGACAUUUUCUGUUACUCAAAAGGGAGUAAAAAAACAAAA